UCUGUUUCUCUUCCACAGCCACUAUAACAUGGCACAGUGAGAAUCGAGAAGCUCAAAAUACCUCGUAAUCUGAAUGCUGGCACACGAGCUAACAACCUUUUUGAACAAUUGCCGAACUAUCAACCAGGCAAAGCAAAUCCAUGCACACAUCCUUACAAACGGUCUAAUCCACUUGGAGCCGCUCUUAGUGCGGCAAAUUACCCUAUCAAGCUCCAGUUCCUCUAAAAGUGUUGCUCAAUAUCUAAGACUAAUCCUUUACCAAUCAAAAAACCCAGAUGGGUUCUCGUGGGGUUGCACAAUUCGGUUCCUUUCCCGGCAUGGUCGAUUCAAAGAAGCUUUCUUUGUUUAUGUUCAAAUGCAGCGACUUGGACUGUGUCCCUCCACGUUUGCUGUGUCCUCUGCUCUAAGGGCAUGUGCUAGGAUUGUAGAUAAGAUGGGUGGAGUUUCAGUACAUGGUCAGGUUCAUAAGUGUGGAUACUUUUCCUGUGUUUACGUGCAAACAGCCCUUGUGGAUUUAUAUGCGAAACUGGGUGAUAUGCUGACCGCACAGAAGGUGUUUGAUGAGAUGGGAGAGAAGAAUGUGGUUUCAUGGAAUUCUAUCUUAUCUGGGUAUUUGAAAUAUGGGGAUUUAGCGGAGGCUCAGAGGGUGUUUGAUGAGAUUCCAAGAAAAGACGUUAUAUCUUGGAAUUCAAUGGUUUCAGGGUAUGCGAGAGUAGGAAAUAUGGACCAGGCAUGCUCACUGUUUCAGCAGAUGCCGGUGAAAAACCCGGCUUCCUGGAACUCAAUGAUUAGUGGGUAUGUUGAUUGUGAGUGUACAGAAUCAGCUAGAAGCAUCUUUGAUGCAAUGCCUCAAAGAAAUAAUGUUUCUUGGAUGACAAUGAUUGCUGGGUACUCGAAAUGUGGGGAUGUUGAGUCUGCUCGCAAGCUCUUUGAUCGGAUGGAUGAAAAAGAUCUGCUCUCAUUUAAUGCUAUGAUAGCUUGUUAUGCUCAAAAUAGCCAACCUAAGGAGGCCAUUGAGCUGUUCAACCAGAUGCUUUUGCCGGAUGUAAAUAUUCAGCCUGAUGGGAUAACUUUGGCUAGUGUUAUAUCUGCUUGUUCACAACUGGGAGAUUUCAAAUUGGGCUUUUGGAUUGAGUCAUAUAUUAAUAAAUUUGACAUUGAACUGGACGAUCAUUUGGCUACUGCUUUAGUUGACUUGUAUGCAAAGUGUGGAAGCAUUGAUAAAGCGAAUGAGCUGUUUCAUGGAUUAAGGAAAAGGGAUGUAAUUUCUUAUUCUGCAAUGAUCUUGGGAUGUGGGAUAAAUGGUAAGGUAGUCGAUGCGAUCGAGUUGUUUGAAGAGAUGUUAAAUGCUCAUAUUUGCCCUAAUUUAGUCACGUACACCGGGCUGCUCACUGCCUAUAACCACGCCGGUUUGAUUGAAGAAGGCUACCAAUGCUUUAACUCCAUGAAGGACCACGGAGUUAUGCCUUCAGCUGAUCAUUAUGGAAUUAUGGUUGAUCUUUUAGGCAGGGCGGGGCGAUUGGAAGAAGCACAUGAGCUAAUAAGGAGUAUGCCAAUGCAGCCUCAUGCUGGGGUUUGGGGAGCUUUGCUUCUUGGUUGCAGAUUGCAUCAAAAUGUUGAGCUUGGGGAGAUAGCUGCUCAGCAUUGCUUUGAGCUGGAGCCAGAUACAACCGGUUAUUGUUCUCUUCUUGCCAACAUCUAUGCUUCGGUUGAGAGAUGGGAUGAUGUGAAGAGACUGAGAACGGUUAUGGGGGAGAAGGGAUUCACUAAGAUACCUGGGUGUAGUUGGAUGGAAUCUAUUUGACUCUUCAUAAUUGGAAAAUCAGACAUAUACUGCAUGCUUAGAGACCAAAAACUGUAUAAUUCUGGCUUUUGAAGUUUUGAUAGCAUCAUGGCAACUUCAUAUUUCAGGUCUGGCCUCUUCCCUGCUUUGUUAUGCAAAGUUGUUGAGAGUCUUGCAUGACUUGAGUUCAAGCUGAAAAUGUCCAUCCCAUCAAGGUAGUUUAGCCUAAAAGGACAAGGCUAAAGCUACGGAAGGACAUAUCUCCUUAUCCACCUUGAUGACCCUACUGUUGGGAAAUUUCUCUUCAAUAUGUUUUGAAAUGAAUGCUUCUCCAUUGACCAUCCUCAACUGGAACACGCAAUUCAUAACUUGUUGGAUUAGUUUGAGGUA